UGGAAACUGAGAAAAAAACGGAAAACAUUUUUUGAUUUUUCAAAAAACAGAUGGUUUUUCGGAUAGGGGGGGGCUUAAAAUGUUUUGAUAAUCAUUGACAUUCUUAAAGACUUACUUGUAAUAUCCUUUGAUGAUGCUUAUGAACACUUCAAUGGUCUUAUUUUUUCAAUAUCGAUAAGCUUCUUUUUCAAACAUUCACAUGCACUUGUAUGUUCGUUGUGCCUAACAAGUAUAAAGAAUAAUGUUUUUGUCUAUGUCUAAACUUCUUAUGAAAGUCAAAUGUAUAUUUAGAAAAAAAAGAGGAAAAUUUUACAAUGAAAAAUACUUAAAUAUUUUCAUCCGAGCAUAAGAGCAUAAUCUUCCAUCCUUACCAUUUAUAUACAACAGAAAACAUUUUGCCUAUUUUUGUUUAGCAAAACGUUUAACAACUAUAGGUAAAUAGAAGAAAAGAGCCAUCGAAGUGGCAUCGAACGUAGUUAUACAUCUUCUAAAUGUAUUUUCAUUGUUUGAGUUUUGUUGAUAACUAUUAUAGAGCUCUUUUUCUUAUUCUAUGAAAUAACAUGUUCCUGAUCAAAGAGUGAUCAAGGAAAAAGUAAAAGUUACGAAUAAAUGAUUUCAACGAGAAUGAUUUUAAAAAAGAAAAUUUAUUGAUCUCUUCAAAGAGAAUGAUCAACGUUUCGAUAAUGAAAACAUAUUCAUGUACUUUAAAAACCCAUCAAGUUGAUGAAUAGUUCAUUUUCUAUUGUAUUUAUCACUUUCAGACAAUGUAUUGAUUCUGAUUUGACACUGUUUAGUUAUUAAAAUCAAAAAUUUAUUCCUAUUUCUAUGACAUUUAGAUAUGCGUUGGUAAUGGAAGAAAUAGCUAAUAGUAUUAGUCAAUAUGAUACAAUUCUUAUGACAGAUACACAAUCAAGAACAUUAACUAUGCUUCAUUCAAUCUAUCAUCUUAAGCAUGAUUUACUUCAUUUACGUAUUUUAUUAAAUCCAUUAAAAGAAAUAAUAAAUCGUUUAGGACGAACAACAUCUGAUGAUGACUAUUUAUCAUUUCCUCGUACAGAUCCAUCAUUACGACUUGAUAUGAAGCAUCACAUAGUUCGACGAAAAGCAAAAGCAACUCAUCAAAUAACAACCAAUACUGAAGAAAGAACAAAAUUAAAAUCAAUCUAUCUAAAUGAAUAUAUAUAUGUUUAUUUAAAUAAUUUAAAUAAUCAUGUUAAUGAAUUAAUUGAUUCAUUAGAAAUUCAACGUGAAAGUGUUUCAAUGCUUAUUUCAUUUUGGAUAACAUUAACUAGUAAUGAAAUACAACAAAUACUUAAAGUUCUUAUGCUUAUAACUGUUGUAUUUAUGCCAUGUACUUUAUUAGCUGGUAUCAAUUCAACAAAUUUUCAAACACAACCACCACUUAAAUAUCAAUAUGGUUAUUAUAUAAUACUUUCUAUUUUAGGUUCGAUUCUUAUUGGUAUGAUUAUAUGGUAUAAAAUUAAACGUUGGAUAUAA